AUGUCCAAGUAUCGUUCAAUUGAAGAGAAUAAUCAACAAGAACGUCCUACCUCAGAAACACCACCUCCACCAAAAACUCCACACACAGAAAACGAACAUGAACAACAUUCACGAAUAAAUCAUAUAAAUCCAGAAUCAAUAAAUUCAAAUGAAAUAACUAGAUCAGAUUUAGAAACACAACCAUUAUUGGAUCCAGAUGAUCCUCAAGUAUCUCCUUUAAAAUUGGAUUAUGUUAAACUUUUAAAAUUUACACAAGUUAUAUUGGUUAUAAUAAAUUUAAUACUUUUUUUAAUAUUAUUAUUUAGUGAAUUUUUUGCAUUACCUGGAUUUAAUAAUAGAGGUAAAUCUUUUUUACAAAUUGAUUUAGCUUUAAUAUGUUUAUUAAUGAAUAUAGUAAAUAAUUUUACUUUUAUUGUACCUUCAUAUUAUGAAAGAAUUGGUGGAUAUAUUGUACUGGGUUUUUUACUUUUAGAUUUACUUAUUAUAUUGGUGAUUCCAGAAACUAGAAUUGAUCAAGGACUUUUAGGAACAUUACUUUUACUUUGGACUGCUUUAAAUUCAUUUUUUAAUUCUUUACUGGAUUAUUGGGUUGAUGAAGGUAGAAAAUAUCAACAAAUUAGAUUAACUGGUAGAAUUGAAAAAAGAAAAACAGUUACUGAAUUAUUUAUAAUUUUAAUUAAAAUAAUAUUUGAAAUAUUCAUAUUAUGGAUAGUAUGGUGUAUUAGUUUAACUAUUUGGUUACAUGCUUUUGAUACUCAUGAAAAACCAUGGGGUAAAAUGGUUCCAGUAGAUAAUGGUCAAUUUAAUGUACAUUUAGCAUGUUUUGGAGAUGUUCAUUCUAAAGAUAUUGAUCAACCAAUUGUUUUAGUUGAAGGUGGUCAAACUACUUCUUCUGAAGUUUUUGCAGAAUGGAUUGAAGAAUUAUAUCAUUUAAAUAAAGUUGAAAGAUAUUGUAUAUGGGAUAGACCUGGAUAUGCAUUUUCUGAAUCUUCUCCACCACCUGCAAGUAUUGGAAUUAUUACUGAUUAUUUAACUGAUGCUUUAGAACAAGAAGGAAUUGAAGGACCAUUUGCUGUUGUAGGAUUUGAUAUUGGUGGUUUAUAUGCAAGAAUGUUUGCAAGUAGACAUAGAGCUCAUAUUCAACUGAUUUUAUUUGUUGAUUCAUGGCCAGUAGAUUUAUUAAAAAAAUGGCCAUUUAAUGGAUCUGGUAAAAAAAAUGAAUCAACAAAAGUAUUUAGGGGGUCAUUAGAAGUUAUGGAUAAUAUAACUGGUAUUAAAUUAUGGUUAAAAGGUUUUAUAUCUCCAUUAGGUAUAAUUCCAUCGAUUCAUUGGUUUUUCCAUCCAAUGAAAUAUUCAAGUAAAUCAAGAAUAUUUGGAAGAGAUAUGUAUUAUCAAUCAAAAUAUAUAAGAGCAAGAUGUCAAGAACAAUUAGUUUCUGGUAUAUUAUCAUAUAAUGAAGUUAAAGAUUCUGAUAUAAAUGAAUUAACAGUUGGAGUAAUUUCUUCAGAUUUUAUGAUUAAAAAAUCUCUAAAUUGGGGUAAAUGGCAAAGAGAAAUUUCAAAAUUAAGUUCAAAAACAGCUGAAUGGGUAAUUGCUGAAAAUAGUGAUCAUUUUAUAUGGAGAUCAUCAAAAGGUAAAAAAGAAUUACAAAAUUUAUUACUUAGAUUAAUUGGUGAACAAGAAUAUUUGAGUAGCUGA